GAGUGGCGGCAGGCAGCCCAGUUGUUUCCAGGUGCUGCCGUUGAUGCACUCUGAUCUCUGGACGCCGGCUGUCAGACGCGAUUCAGUUGGAGGAGGUCCGCUCAGCUCCACGAAGAGGUCGCCACCGCUGACCCUCAGCUGACCCUGGCCGGCGCCAACAUGUCGGAGCAGGACGCCUCCAAGCCGACGUCGGGUAGCGGCGCGACGGCUGCGACGGCGCUCCCCAAGGAGAGCAUGCAGCUGAAGAAGGAGAUCUCCCUGCUGAACGGCGUCAGCCUCAUCGUGGGCAACAUGAUCGGCUCGGGCAUCUUCGUGUCGCCCAAGGGCGUGCUCUUCUACAGCGCCUCCUACGGGCUGUCGCUGGUCAUCUGGGCGGCAGGCGGCCUCUUUUCGGUGGUGGGCGCGCUGUGCUACGCGGAGCUGGGCACCACCGUCACCAAGUCGGGGGCGUCGUACGCGUACAUCCUGGAGUCGUUCGGCGGCUUCUUGGCCUUCGUCCGCCUGUGGACCAGCCUGCUGAUCAUCGAGCCCACCAGCCAGGCCGUCAUCGCCAUCACCUUCGCCAACUACCUGGUGCAGCCGCUCUUCCCCACGUGCGAGCCGCCCUACGCCUCCUCGCGCCUCAUCGCCGCCGCCUGCAUAUGCCUGCUAACCUUCAUCAACUCGGCCUACGUGAAGUGGGGCACCCGCAUGCAGGACCUGUUCACCUACGCCAAGGUGGCCGCCCUCAUCGUCGUCAUUGUCACAGGCGUCGUCAAGUUGUGCCAGGGUUCCACCGGCAACUUUGAGUCGGCCUUCCAGGGCUCCUCCACUGACCCCGGCAACAUCGCUCUGGCGCUCUAUUCGGCGCUCUUCUCCUACUCAGGCUGGGACACGCUCAACUUUGUCACCGAGGAGAUGAAAGACCCCGAAAGGAACCUUCCUCUGGCCAUCGCCAUCUCCAUGCCCAUCGUCACCACCAUCUACAUCCUCACCAACGUAGCUUACUACGCUGUGCUGGACAUGAGCGCCGUAUUGGCGAGUGACGCGGUGGCUGUGACAUUUGCAGAUCACACGUUAGGCGUGAUGAGUUGGAUCAUCCCCAUCGCCGUGGCGCUGUCCUGCUACGGCGGCCUCAACGCUUCCAUCAUUGCCGCAUCCAGGCUGUUCUUUGUGGGUUCCCGUGAGGGUCACCUUCCCGACGCUCUGUCCAUGAUCCACACGCAGAGAUUCACGCCAAUCCCCGCGCUCAUCUUCAACUGCGUAAUGUCGCUGAUCUACUUGACGGUGGAAGACGUGUUCCAGCUCAUCAAUUACUACAGCUUCAGCUACUGGUUCUUCAUGGGCUUGUCCAUCGCAGGACAGAUCUACCUGAGGUGGAAGGAACCGCAGCGGCACAGACCGCUCAAACUAAGCCUGUUUUACCCGGUGGUGUUCUGCAUGUGCGCCGUGUUCCUGGUGGCCGUGCCGCUCUACAGCGACACGCUCAACUCCCUGAUCGGCAUCGCCAUCGCCCUGUCGGGGGUGCCCGUCUACUUCCUGGGCGUCUACCUGCCGGAGUCCAAGCGCCCGCCGGUCAUCACCAAGCUGCUGCGUUCUCUGACCCAUUGCACUCAGUACACUUGCUUCUGCGUCCUCACCGAAACGGACAAGAGUGACUAAAGACACGACACCAGCAGCGCUGCAAUGGAUGACGGGAGAAAAAAAAAGGAAGGUCUUUUGUCACUUGUAUGUACGCACGACUACUUCUGUGGAGUCAAGCGGGAAAAUGGUGCACUUGCGUUUCUUCUUUUAUUGAAUUACCCGAUGUCACCGACUUGCCUUGCAACUUCAUCAUGUGGUUUUCUUUUCAGUGUUCGCUGAUCCUACGUUAAAGUUCUUGUCACGUAAUUGCCUUUGUGGCCUGGGCGACGAGUUUUGAGGAUUCAGUCGGGUCAAUACAGUGUGCCUGACAGAAAUCAUGCAGUGUUUUAACACAUUUUAACAUUGGGACAUAAAGGGCCCACCACAGUGUUUGAUGGAAGUUCUACAAACACAAUAGGAACUAUAUAUAUAUAUAUAUAUAUAUAUAUAUAUAUAUAUAAAGUAUUAUAUUAUUUGAUCAUAUAUAUCUUAUUGUUGCUGUCCGCUUAAAAAUAUGUAUUGACUUUUUUCCCUAGAUUAUCGGAAACACUUUGGAUUUUUGGUUUUGUUUUUAUCUCUCCACAAAGUUUUUUUUUAAUUUUACAUUUGUUUGAAACAAAAACAAAAAUAUAUUUUUUUAAGUAAAUUGGAUAACAAAUAUUUAAGAUGAAAAGCAAAUACAUUUUGUUUUAGACAAAAGCAAAAUGUAUGCAUCUCAAAGUUUUUUUUUUUAAAUUCAUCAAACCAAAGAAAAAGCUAUUUGUCAUGGGGGCUGAAAAUCUUUUACAGUACAAACAAAAUUUGGGGGUUUUAGAUAAAAAACUUCCGUUUAUUUGAAAUGAAUUGUUCUAAAAAAAAAAAAAUCUGAUGUUUUUAUUGUAAAAUUAUUCAUACAGCAUGAGCAUUUGUAGGUUGACGAUUUUCUUUAUACAGUUCCUCCAAAGUGUAUUAACCAACUUUAUCUUUGGCGGACCUAACAGUAUAUGGCCCACUCACCUUUAAAAAAGCCUUGAUUUAUCAUGUUGAUAUUUGUACCAUUUUAGGAGAAUUUGCAUUAUGAGUAAUUCAUGAUAUGACUUUAUUAAA